ACAUCUCUUGGACCCCACAUGCUGCCUUUUCCACUUACAUUUGUUUUUUCUAUUGGUUUGUCCCGGUGACCAGGAAAAGCUCCGCUGGAACAGUUCCAAGCUGCUGUUCGUCCAGCCGUUACCGUGGCUAAUACUGUUACGUGGACUAUGGCGUGGCAUGAUAGUAAAGCUAGAAAAAGAAAAUGUCUAAAUUCCAUUUUAUUUCACCUAUAAAGGCAAGCUCCUUCACGAACCAUGAACCCACACUGCACCAGUUGUACUGCUAGCUAGUUCUCUCAUAUAUUCUGCCUUCGAUUUCUUCCUUUUUCUUUGAAGUGAACUGUGUGAUCUCUCCCUAAGCUUUCAACAAUGGCAGUUGAUUCACAACUCUCCUCCCCGCUUGGCCCUCCGGCGUGCGACAAGGAUUCCAAGGCGCUUCAGUUCAUCGAGGAGAUGACGAGGGAAACAGGCGCUGUCCAGGAGAGGGUUUUGGGGGAGAUACUGAUUCGGAACGCCGAGACUGAGUACCUCAGGAGGUUCCAGCUCAAUGGAGCUACGGACCGAGACACGUUCAAGUCGAAAGUCCCUGUCGUUACUUAUGAGGAUCUUCAGCCUGACAUCCAGCGUAUUGCUAAUGGUGACCGAUCCUCCAUCUUUUCGGCUCACCCCAUUUCUGAGUUCCUCACCAGCUCUGGGACUUCGGCUGGUGAGAGGAAACUAAUGCCGACGAUUCAUGAAGAGUUGGACCGUCGCCAGCUAUUGUACAGUCUUCUCAUGCCGGUGAUGAACCAAUACGUUUCCGGUUUAGACAAAGGGAAGGGACUCUACUUCUUGUUCGUUAAGGCAGAAACAAAGACUUCCGGUGGGCUCUUGGCACGUCCGGUGCUCACCAGCUACUACAAGAGCGAACAUUUCAAGACCAGGCCGUAUGACCCUUACAACGUCUACACCAGCCCGAAUGAGGCUAUUCUCUGCGCCGACUCGUUUCAGAGCAUGUACACCCAGAUGCUCUGCGGUCUCCUUAUGCGCGAAGAGGUUCUCCGGGUCGGUGCUGUGUUUGCCUCAGGCCUGCUAAGAGCCAUCCGGUUCCUACAACUUCACUGGCAACAACUGGCCCAUGACAUCUCUAGUGGAGCUUUAAACCCUAAAAUUACGGACCCUUCUGUCCGGGAUUGCAUGUCCAAAUUAAUUGUCAAACCCAAUCCCGAACUCUCCAAGUUCAUAACCCAAGAGUGUUCAGGAGAGAACUGGGAAGGUAUAAUCACAAGAAUUUGGCCUAACACGAAAUACCUAGACGUGAUUGUAACGGGUGCAAUGGCUCAGUACAUACCCACUCUUGAAUAUUACGGCGGAGGGCUACCCCUUUCAUGCACUAUGUAUGCCUCCUCCGAAUGCUACUUUGGGCUUAACCUCAAGCCAAUGUCCAGUCCUUCUGAGGUGUCCUACACUAUCAUGCCAAACAUGUGUUACUGCGAGUUCUUGCCACACGAGCCGGACGCUCCAGCUGUAUCUUGUGACUCGCCUCCAGAGCUUGUUGACCUUGCCGACGUCGAAGUUGGGAAACAAUACGAGCUCAUAAUCACCACCUAUGCCGGGCUUUGUCGCUACCGAGUGGGCGACAUCCUCCAAGUCACCGAUUUCCACAACUCGGCUCCCCAGUUUCGCUUCAUAAGAAGAAAGAACGUGUUGUUGAGCAUCGACUCGGACAAGACGGACGAAGCGGAGUUGCAAAAGGCUAUCGAUAAUGCAUCAGCGCUCCUAAAGGAAUUCAACACAAGUGUGGUCGAGUACACGAGCUAUGCAGACACAAAAUCAAUACCAGGACACUAUGUACUUUACUGGGAGUUGCUGGUGAAAGACCCGGCUAACUCUCCGACUCAUGAGGUCCUGAACCUAUGCUGCUUAGCCAUGGAGGAGUCUCUGAACUCGGUAUACAGACAAAGCCGCGUUGCAGACAACUCGAUCGGUCCCCUUGAGAUUAGGGUGCUCGAGAAUGGCACCUUUGAAGAGCUCAUGGAUUAUGCAAUCUCCCGGGGUGCAUCUAUCAACCAGUACAAAGUUCCAAGGUGCGUGAACUCCUCCCCGAUCGUGGAACUCCUCGACUCCAGAGUGGCCUCGGUGCAUUUCAGCCCUGCCCCGCCGCAAUGGAACCCCGAACGACGUUGAUGUUGACCAUAUGCAUGACGGCAUGGAAUAAGAGAGAAGAUACUAAGAUUCUGUAGGGCUACCAAGCCAAAAGGCCAUUUCUUGUUGAAUUUUACUUUGCUUUUUAAAAGUGUCUUUCGAUUGAUCAGUUUCUUUUUUUUUUUUCUUUAAAAUAUAUUGAAGGGUGUGCAUCUGUAUAAUAGCUUCAGAUUAUCUUCUGAGCGCUUGACGUAAUUGUCAUGGAUGUAUUUGUUAGUGCAUCGUAUCUUAUCCUUUUCUGCCAUGACAAUAAAGGUGGCAAAUUGUAAGUUUACUUUUGUUUCGAAGGUUGUAAUAUUAAUUUGAAUUUAAAUAGUUUUUGUACUUAGCAGUGCUA